CACAUACCUGUUGCACCAAGCAAGAUAAAGAGCCCACGCCCACGCAGCUUUUGUUAACAUACACUAUCCACCGUCUCGCACAGACGGUUUCUAGCCCAUACAAGACAAACAACAAGAAUAAUGGCUCGACGAAGCAUCUACCUCGACCCCUAUGGUGACAACGCCCCUCGAGGCGUCGCUGGCGAGCCCAGUACCAUCUACACAUUCUUCCAGGGUGUCGUACGUGAGGCUCGGACUUGGGUCUCGCGCGGCGGACCUGGCGUCAAGGCGCCUACGAUUGAGAAGCAUACAUCUUAAGAAGAGUACAUCUCGCCUUGCGUGAGGCGCUUUGCACCAUCUUGAUUGUUUUUUCCUUUACUUGAUAUCCAUCGACGAUCGACUGAUUAGCCAUUUUGCAUUGACGACCAAGGCUGG